AUGGGGAAUUGUUUGAGGCAUGAAUCGUCGUCGUCUAUGCAAUGGGCGGGGGACGACUGGAGUUCAUUGGCCAGUGAUAAGAGUGAGAAGGAUUUGAAAAUGGAGGAACGACGGGUUGGAUUUACAUCGUCUUCAACAACAGGACCGACGGAGGUGAAGAUUAAGAUAACGAAGAAGCAGCUGGAGGAGUUGCUGGGGAAGGUGGACCUGAAGGAGUUGUCAGUGCAGCAGGUUUUAGCCCAGUUGAUAAAUGUCAGUGAUCGUUAUGAGAUGCAUAACCGGCCAUGGCGGCCGGCUCUGCAGAGUAUUCCUGAAGUGAACUAA